AUGUGCCAGUACGACCUGUCGGCGACGACCUUCUCACCAGAUGGGAAAAUCUUCCAGGUGGAGUACGCCACGAAAGCGGUAGAGAACUCGGGCACCGCCAUGGGAGUGCGCUGUAAGGACGGAGUGCUGCUCGCGGUGGAGAAGCUCCUAAUCUCCAAGAUGCUCGUGGCGGGAUCCAACAGGCGAGCCAGUGACGAAACCGAUUUUUUGGUCGUGGGUUUCGUACGAAACGGCCGAAUCCUCGGCGUUUGUCUUGACUCUUUCGCGGCUCUCCCGAGUGAAGCGCGCGCAACACAGGUAGCAGCUGGCCGUGUUGUCCACUCACGCGUGCAUGGAGUUUCAAAGCACGUGGGCAUGGCCGUCGCCGGCCUCAGCGCCGACGCCCGGCAGAUCGUAUAUCGCGGCCGCGACGAGGUGGCGGGCUACAUCGAGAACUACGGUUCCCAGAUGCCGCCGUCCAUGCUGGCCGACCGGCUGGCGCAGUAUGUGCACUACUUCACCCUCCACGGCUCCCUCCGACCGUUUGGGGCGUCGGUUCUUGUCGCGGGGUGA